GUAAUGCACUGAUUUUCUUUGUGUAUGUUUAAACAUUCCUAUCCCGUGGAUAAACGUCUGAGUGAUCAUUCGUAACUUUUAUAAACUUCGAUAGUUUAACAAAUGAAGCAGGUGUUCAUUUGAUCUUUUAAUCAUGAAAAUGGAUUUAAAUUGGUUCAGGUUUUUGGACAAAAUUUGAUUUGUUGUCAGUCGUUUAAAAGCGAAUAAAAACGGUGAACCGUUCUUAAAAUGUGAAGUUUUUUAUGUAAACACCUGUGACAAAAUAAGCUGGAUUUUUAGUUGAAAUGAAAAGCACAAGGACUUAUUAUUUAUUCAAGUUGUUCUUUAAAUCGUUUUGCUUGUGACCUGAAACAUAUUUGCGAUUAUUAAAUUAAUACGACUUAAAGUGUAAACUAACUUUAUUUGAAAGUGUUGCAUGAAAUUUAACAUGGAGGUAAAAAGUAUGUUGUUGUUUUUUAUUUGUGUUGUGUUUGAGAUGGCAGCAUUUGUCGUCUGCUCGGAGUUCUUCGCAAGUAACGGACUCCACCAGACAAUCGUGAUUGACCUGCACAAUAAACGUAAACAGUCUGAAAUGGAACACGAAAUUUUGACGUUACUUGGUCUACACCAACGUCCACAAGUCAUAAAACACGGCUACGAGUAUUCCGCACCAAAAUUCAUGAUAACCUUGUACAAUUCGUUGCUAAACGAAGAAGGGGAAAGUAUUACGGACGAAAUUGAGUUCAACAGUAAAGUUAAUUUGACGUUAGGCAAACCAAUGGAGCAUAUCAACGGCACGGACGUCAUACGGAGUUUUAUAAACCACGCCAACAAAAUUCCUCACCUACGCCAUGACAGGGACAUCACAUUCUUCUUCGACACGAGCGACGUGGCGCUCUCCGAGUUGGUGAUGGGAGCAGAGUUCCGAAUAUUCAAGGAGGCGAAAACGUCGAGGGGAUACGACUGCAGGGUCGAGAUAUUCCGUAUAGCUCAAGGACUGGACCUCGAGGAUAAGACGUUGGAACCGGAAGUAAACCUGACAGUUCCCUGGGACUACGAAGGUUGGGUCAACUUCAACGUGACCAGGGCCCUCACCCUGUGGAGUUACAUUCCCUCUACCAACCUGGGGCUUUACAUGAAGGUCACCGUGUUGGAUGGCGAAAACAGACAGAUCGCACCUGGCAAGUUCGGCAUAGUGGGACGAAAUGGCCCAGACGAUCAGCAAGCGUUCCUUGUCGGAUUUUUCAAAAUGGCGCGCUCGGAUAUCCCAACGCGCACGCGCAGAUCUGCCGACGGAAGUAACAACGAAACACCGGAUGAAUCCGACAAAUAUUACUAUUGGGGAGGCAAUAGUUAUUCUAUGGACAACUACCGGAAGAGCGCCUGUCAACGUCACACACUCUACGUCAACUUCAAAAGCCUUGGAUGGCAGGAUUGGAUAAUCGCCCCUGACGGAUACCCAGCCUUUUUCUGCGGCGGAGAGUGCACGUUCCCGCUAGGCGCCCAGAUGAAUGCGACCAACCACGCGAUCGUCCAGACGCUUGUUCAUCUCACACGUCCUUUCGCGGUGCCUAAGCCAUGCUGUGCCCCGACAAAAUUAUCCCCUAUCCAAGUGCUGUAUUUUGACGAUAAAUCGAACGUCGUGUUGAGGAAAUAUGGGAAUAUGAAGGUGAAAGCGUGCGGAUGUCAUUAAAUUGAAUAAGAAAUGAAAACGAUAGCAUCAUCCCUUUGGAUUGCUCGUUUCAAUAGAAGAACACGCAAAUGAUACGAUAAGUGACAAAUUUGAAACAGUCGUGUUUACAAAGAGUAGUUUUCGGAUUGUCUAAUGCAUUCUCCACUAACUAACAAUGCCUGCAUAUCUUAAGAACAUUUUUCAUUAAGUUAUCUCAUGUUACUUUAUUUUUUUUUCAGUGGAAUUCUGUAUUUAAGGGUGUUUACACGUGAUUUCUGUGAUCUUGUUUCCAUGACAUUUAUUUUGGUAAUUUUAUAAAUAACAUUCAUUCAUUUUAAAAACUAGAGCUUUAAUACCAUCUUACAAUAUCAUACAAGCGUCAGUAUUUGUGCUGUCAUAAAUGUUUGUCUCAUUUGUACAUUAUUAAUUGUUCAUAUCACCAUUUUGAUUUGUAUUAUACACGUUUGUUUGUUAAAAUUGAUCGCAAUGUCAAGAUUAAAUGUGAUUAGUUUA